CACGAAACCGAAAGGAUUUAGUUGGAUAUCCGGAUUUUUCCUCGACGAACUAUUCCGGUGAGGGAUUGGCCGGCAAAACAGAAGCGACCACCGCCUCUCCGCGGGACGGGUUUGGACACGCGAAGUCAGCAUCCGAUUCCCUACACAAAUUUGAGACGAACUCGCCCCACACCGGGAUCUAUGUUCAGAACUCGCCCCAAAGCGGGAUCUAAGUUCACCGGGGGAUGUAUUGAUCAGGGGAUCCAUGACCUGGACAGAGUCCCUAAGCUGUCGAAGGUUAGGCAACCCAUCAGGGACCUUCAGCCACUCCUCGUCCACAUCCUCCGGCAAAGGCAAGACAAAGUGCCACAUCAAGCGCUUAGAACGACAUACCCGUUUGGGCAACGAUUCUUCUUGAUCAUGGGGAUGAGCACUUCGGUGGUCUCGUUGCCGCUUAAAGGGUCUAACCGCGACCGAACUCCUUCUAGGGGAUGUACUGGAAGUCUCAUUUUCGUGCAAUCUCCCCCGUCGUAAGGUCAUCGGCCGUCCAUCCUUUGUUUUUACCAGAGAAUCAGCCCCCCAAUUUCCUGAAUCCCUUGGUUAUCUAGGGCAGAGAGGAAGAUCGCUGAAAAGCAAGAGUGAAUAGUGUCGCCGGCCGAUUGGCAAAGCUCGAACAGGGCUAGGAUAGCCGCCGAGCAGAAUUCGAGAGAGGAGAGAGCGCCACUCAUAAAUUUUUUUUUUUAACAUCGGAGCACUUUCAGUCACUUAUUAAUUAACAAAAGCAGAGCGGGAAAAUGGAGCGACACACCGCCGUCGUUCAAAGAAAAGAGGAAACACAUAAACCAAAGUCAUCAAUGCAAGAGCGCAUGCGUACGUACGUAAACAUAGCCAGGGCAUGCAUGCAGCAAAGAUAAACACUGGGGAUUGUA